UGUCCUCAUUCACAGCCUUCAGGUAAAACAGCAUGGACUGGUGACCGGUGAAACUUUACGACACAGCUCUGACACCACAGCAGCCACAUGGAUCCGGAGGCUUAGUCCAGCUGGAUAUUUCAGUGCCACAGUGAGAGAAACACAGCAAUCAUGCCUUCACAUCGCAGGGGAAGAAGCCUCUCUGAGGCCCUGACCUUAGAGCAGUUAGAGGAGGGAGGGGUGGUUAUCUCCAGUAUUAACAAUGUUUCAUCCAGCAAAGGACUGAAGGAAGGGGAUGAAAUUUUGGGGGCAACAAUCAAUUUUGAUCAACUGUCAAAAGAGGAUGUGUUAAAAGUACUGAAGCUGAUGGAGCCAUUUGAUGAUAAAGUUCAAGUCCUCACUCGGAGCAAGCUGAGCAGGAGCCUCGGAAAUCUGGAUGAAUGUGCCAAGGGUCCUGAAGCUAUGCUGAACGAUUCCUACAGCAAAAUCUACAACGCCAAAAUCAAGAAGUUUUUGAUGGAUGAUGUGCCCAGGGCUGAAGAGGGCUAUGUGAACGGGGAAGUUACUGCCAAGCCAAUGGUACAAAGCUCAUCGAAGGUCAACCUAAAAAAUGACAUGGGGUUGCCUCGCCUUGGAGUUGAUUUUGGACUUCUGAAAUCCAAGACUUUAAGCACAGCUGCUAAUGCUGAUUCACAAUCUUAUGAGGGACAAUUAACAGAUGGCAUCAAUCUGAAUCUUCCACCAUUAGGUCUUGGCUUGAAUGGGACUACUCUAAGAGAAGCUCAGGUUCCAAGAUUAAAGCUUGGUGCCAGAUGUCCACAGCUUAAUGAUCCAGAUUUACCAGAAGGUCCAAAUGUCAGCACUACAUCUGGCAUGCAACUGCCAAAUACUGACUGCCCAUCAGCUGACACUGCACUGCCGAAUCUUGAAAAUACUCAAAUUGGACUGGAAGUUCCAGAAGUAGGUGCGGACCCAAAAGGUUCAAAUGUUACUACCCCUGAAAUGGGUAUAGACCUCAAUGGGGGAAACAUCACUGGUCCAUCCAUUGAUUCCAGUGUUCCCAAAGUUGGUAUUGAAGGAACAAAACGGGACUUCAGAAUGCCUAAAUUCAAACUGCCAGAUCUGGGCCUCUCAGGAUCAUCUUUUAGCGGCCCAGAAUGUGAGGUUCAGCCACCAGAUGUAGACACACCAGACAUUCCCUCAGGUAAACUCAGUCUUAAGUAUUCUAAGAGACUGAAAAGCCCAGAUCUAAAUCUGGAUGAUCCUUCUGGUUAUGUAGAAUCACCCAAGCUUCAGAUGUCUGGGAGAUCACGUGAUUUAAACCUAGAAACGUCAAGUAUUAAUGUAUCGCAACCAGAUAUCAAUGGAACAGACAUUGAUAUGCCUUUAGGUGAAAUCAAGAUGCCACAGAAGAAACCAAGGAUUUCCCUUAAAUCUCCUGAUUUAGAUUUGGAUGCUCCAUCUGGUAUAUUCAAACGUGAAGCUGAUGUUAAAACACCAGACUUAAGGUUGAAAAUGUCAAAAAUAAAAGGUGGCAUAUCUGCACCUGAUGUAAGUCUGCCCAAAACUGACCUGAAAGGACUAAAUUUCGCCACUGACACUCCAUCAGUUAGCAUUGAUGGUCCAUCUGAAAAAUACAAGGCUCCAAAGUUUACAAUGCCAACAUUUGACUUACCAGGCAUUCAGGUUCCAGGUUUGAAUGGGAAAUUGGAUGGACCCGAUGUACAGCUUGCAGGUACACAGCCAAAAGUGCCAAAUUUGAAGCUAAAUGCUGAUCUGAAGCCACCAGAUCUGAAUUUAAAAUCACCAGACCUUAAUAUUUCUGGUCCUAAUCUCAGUGGUGGAAUUAAUGCGCCUGACAUAGACAUGCCAAACAUUGACCUCAAAGCCCCAAAGCUGAAACUUGGUGCACCAAAUGCCAACUUAGACUUGCCAUCAGGCAAACUCAAAAUGCCAGAACUUCAUGCUCCAGACUGGGAUGUUAAUGCUCCUUCAGGGAAAUUAAAAAAGCCUAAAUUUAAUCUGUCAGGCACACUGCCCAAAGGACCAAAUUUGGACCUAACUGCAGAUCUGAAGUCACCCGAUUGGAAUUUGAAAGCUCCAAAGAUUAAGGGUGGAAUGGAUACCCCUGACGUGGACUUACCAGACAUGGAUCUUAAAGCUCCCAAGUUAGAUAUGAACACUCCAGAUGUCAACAUUGGCUCACCAAAAGGAAAGCUGAAAAUGCCCAAAUUCAAAAUGCCUAAAUUCAACCUUCCAGGCCUUAAAGGAACCAAAAUUGAUGGCAACUUGGAUGGUCCAGAUGUGGACAUAAAUGCAUCCAAUGUCAACCUCAAAGGUCCUAAAGCUGAUGUAGAUCUAGAUAUUUCUGGUCCAUCUGGAAAGUUUAAAAAGCCAAACCUGAAUCUGCCUGAUUUGGGACUUUCUGGUCCAAAGUUAGAUGGCCCAAACUUGGACCUUAAAUCACCUGACCUAGAUAUCUCUGGUCCCAAUCUCAGUGGUGGAAUUAAUGCACCUGACAUAGAUGUGCCAGGCAUUGACCUCAACGCCCCAAAGCUGAAACUUGGUGCACCAAAUGCCAACUUAGACUUGCCAUCAGGCAAACUCAAAAUGCCAGAACUUCAUGCUCCAGACUGGGAUAUUAAUGCUCCUUCAGGGAAAUUAAAAAAGCCUAAAUUUAAUCUGUCAGGCACACUGCCCAAAGGACCAAAUUUGGACCUAAAUGCAGAUCUGAAGUCACCCGAUUGGAAUUUGAAAGCUCCAAAGAUUAAGGGUGGAAUGGAUGCCCCUGACUUGGACUUACCAGACAUGGAUCUUAAAGCUCCCAAGUUAGAUAUGAACACUCCAGAUGUCAACAUUGGCUCACCAAAAGGAAAGUUGAAAUUCCCCAAAAUGAAAAUGCCUAAAUUUAACCUUCCAAGCCUUAAAGGACCCGAAAUUGAUGGCAACUUGAAUGGUCCAGAUAUGGACAUAAAUGCACCCAAUGUCAACCUCAAAGGUCCUAAAGCUGAUGUAGAUUUAGAUAUUUCUGGUCCAUCUGGAAAGUUUAAAAAGCCAAACCUGAAUCUGCCUGAUUUGGGACUUUCUGGUCCAAAGUUAGAUGGCCCAAACUUGGACCUUAAAUCACCUGACCUAGAUAUCUCUGGUCCCAAUCUCAGUGGUGGAAUUAAUGCACCUGACAUAGAUGUGCCAGGCAUUGACCUCAAAGCCCCGAAGCUGAAAAUUGGUGCACCAAAUGCCAACUUAGACUUGCCAUCAGGCAAACUCAAAAUGCCAGAACUUCAUGCUCCAGAUUGGGAUAUUAAUGCUCCUUCAGGGAAAUUAAAAAAGCCUAAAUUUAAUCUGUCAGGCACACUGCCCAAAGGACCAAAUUUGGACCUAAAUGCAGAUCUGAAGUCACCCGAUUGGAAUUUGAAAGCUCCAAAGAUUAAGGGUGGAAUGGAUGCCCCUGAUGUGGACUUACCAGACAUGGAUCUUAAAGCUCCCAAGUUAGAUAUGAACACUCCAGAUGUCAACAUUGGCUCACCAAAAGGAAAGUUGAAAUUCCCCAAAUUCAAAAUGCCUAAAUUCAACCUUCCAAGCCAUAAGGGACCCAAAAUUGAUGGCAGCUUGGAUGGUCCCAAUGUGGACAUAAAUGCACCCAAUGUCAACCUCAAAGGUCCUAAAGCUGAUGCAGAUCUAGAUAUUUCUGGUCCAUCUGGAAAGUUUAAAAAGCCAAACCUGAAUCUGCCUGAUUUGGGGCUUUCUGGUCCAAAGUUAGAUGGCCCAAACUUGGACCUUAAAUCACCUGACCUAGAUAUCUCUGGUCCCAAUCUCAGUGGUGGAAUUAAUGCACCUGACAUAGAUGUGCCAGGCAUUGACCUCAAAGCCCCGAAGCUGAAACUUGGUGCACCAAAUGCCAACUUAGACUUGCCAUCAGGCAAACUCAAAAUGCCAGAACUUCAUGCUCCAGAUUGGGAUAUUAAUGCUCCUUCAGGGAAAUUAAAAAAGCCUAAAUUUAAUCUGUCAGGCGCACUGCCCAAAGGACCAAAUUUGGACCUAAAUGCAGAUCUGAAGUCACCUGAUUGGAAUUUGAAAGCUCCAAAGAUUAAGGGUGGAAUGGAUGUCCCUGACUUGGACUUACCAGACAUGGAUCUUAAAGCUCCCAAGUUAGAUAUGAACACUCCAGAUGUCAACAUUGGCUCACCAAAAGGAAAGUUGAAAUUCCCCAAAAUGAAAAUGCCUAAAUUCAACCUUCCAAGCCUUAAAGGGCCUGAAAUUGAUGGCAACUUGAAUGGUCCAGAUAUGGACAUAAAUGCACCCAAUGUCAACCUCAAAGGUCCUAAAGCUGAUGUAGAUCUAGAUAUUUCUGGUCCAUCUGGAAAGUUUAAAAAGCCAAACCUGAAUCUGCCUGAUUUGGGACUUUCUGGUCCAAAGUUAGAUGGCCCAAACUUGGACCUUAAAUCACCUGACCUAGAUAUCUCUGGUCCCAAUCUCAGUGGUGGAAUUAAUGCACCUGACAUAGAUGUGCCAGGCAUUGACCUCAAAGCCCCGAAGCUGAAACUUGGUGCACCAAAUGCCAACUUAGACUUGCCAUCAGGCAAACUCAAAAUGCCAGAACUUCAUGCUCCAGAUUGGGAUAUUAAUGCUCCUUCAGGGAAAUUAAAAAAGCCUAAAUUUAAUCUGUCAGGCGCACUGCCCAAAGGACCAAAUUUGGACCUAAAUGCAGAUCUGAAGUCACCCGAUUGGAAUUUGAAAGCUCCAAAGAUUAAGGGUGGAAUGGAUGCCCCUGACUUGGACUUACCAGACAUGGAUCUUAAAGCUCCCAAGUUAGAUAUGAACACUCCAGAUGUCAACAUUGGCUCACCAAAAGGAAAGUUGAAAUUCCCCAAAAUGAAAAUGCCUAAAUUCAACUUUCCAGGCCUUAAAGGACCUGAAAUUGAUGGCAGCUUGAAUGGUCCAGAUAUGGACAUAAAUGCACCCAAUGUCAACCUCAAAGGUCCUAAAGCUGAUGCAGAUCUAGAUAUUUCUGGUCCAUCUGGAAAGUUUAAAAAGCCAAACCUGAAUCUGCCUGAUUUGGGGCUUUCUGGUCCAAAGUUAGAUGGCCCAAACUUGGACCUUAAAUCACCUGACCUAGAUAUCUCUGGUCCCAAUCUCAGUGGUGGAAUUAAUGCACCUGACAUAGAUGUGCCAGGCAUUGACCUCAAAGCCCCGAAGCUGAAACUUGGUGCACCAAAUGCCAACUUAGACUUGCCAUCAGGCAAACUCAAAAUGCCAGAACUUCAUGCACCAGAUUGGGAUAUUAAUGCUCCUUCAGGGAAAUUAAAAAAGCCUAAAUUUAAUCUGUCAGGCACACUGCCCAAAGGACCAAAUUUGGACCUAAAUGCAGAUCUGAAGUCACCUGAUUGGAAUUUGAAAGCUCCAAAGAUUAAGGGUGGAAUGGAUGUCCCUGACUUGGACUUACCAGACAUGGAUCUUAAAGCUCCCAAGUUAGAUAUGAACACUCCAGAUGUCAACAUUGGCUCACCAAAGGAAUUGAAAUUCCCCAAAAUGAAAAUGCCUAAAUUCAACCUUCCAAGCCUUAAAGGGCCUGAAAUUGAUGGCAACUUGAAUGGUCCAGAUAUGGACAUAAAUGCACCCAAUGUCAACCUCAAAGGUCCUAAAGCUGAUGUAGAUCUAGAUAUUUCUGGUCCAUCUGGAAAGUUUAAAAAGCCAAACCUGAAUCUGCCUGAUUUGGGACUUUCUGGUCCAAAGUUAGAUGGCCCAAACUUGGACCUUAAAUCACCUGACCUAGAUAUCUCUGGUCCCAAUCUCAGUGGUGGAAUUAAUGCACCUGACAUAGAUGUGCCAGGCAUUGACCUCAAAGCCCCGAAGCUGAAACUUGGUGCACCAAAUGCCAACUUAGACUUGCCAUCAGGCAAACUCAAAAUGCCAGAACUUCAUGCUCCAGAUUGGGAUAUUAAUGCUCCUUCAGGGAAAUUAAAAAAGCCUAAAUUUAAUCUGUCAGGCGCACUGCCCAAAGGACCAAAUUUGGACCUAAAUGCAGAUCUGAAGUCACCCGAUUGGAAUUUGAAAGCUCCAAAGAUUAAGGGUGGAAUGGAUACCCCUGACGUGGACUUACCAGACAUGGAUCUUAAAGCUCCCAAGUUAGAUAUGAACACUCCAGAUGUCAACAUUGGCUCACCAAAAGGAAAGUUGAAAUUCCCCAAAAUGAAAAUGCCUAAAUUCAACUUUCCAGGCCUUAAAGGACCUGAAAUUGAUGGCAGCUUGAAUGGUCCAGAUAUGGACAUAAAUGCACCCAAUGUCAACCUCAAAGGUCCUAAAGCUGAUGCAGAUCUAGAUAUUUCUGGUCCAUCUGGAAAGUUUAAAAAGCCAAACCUGAAUCUGCCUGAUUUGGGACUUUCUGGUCCAAAGUUAGAUGGCCCAAACUUGGACCUUAAAUCACCUGACCUAGAUAUCUCUGGUCCCAAUCUCAGUGGUGGAAUUAAUGCACCUGACAUAGAUGUGCCAGGCAUUGACCUCAAAGCCCCGAAGCUGAAACUUGGUGCACCAAAUGCCAACUUAGACUUGCCAUCAGGCAAACUCAAAAUGCCAGAACUUCAUGCUCCAGAUUGGGAUAUUAAUGCUCCUUCAGGGAAAUUAAAAAAGCCUAAAUUUAAUCUGUCAGGCGCACUGCCCAAAGGACCAAAUUUGGACCUAAAUGCAGAUCUGAAGUCACCUGAUUGGAAUUUGAAAGCUCCAAAGAUUAAGGGUGGAAUGGAUGUCCCUGACUUGGACUUACCAGACAUGGAUCUUAAAGCUCCCAAGUUAGAUAUGAACACUCCAGAUGUCAACAUUGGCUCACCAAAAGGAAAGUUGAAAUUCCCCAAAAUGAAAAUGCCUAAAUUCAACCUUCCAAGCCUUAAAGGGCCUGAAAUUGAUGGCAACUUGAAUGGUCCAGAUAUGGACAUAAAUGCACCCAAUGUCAACCUCAAAGGUCCUAAAGCUGAUGUAGAUCUAGAUAUUUCUGGUCCAUCUGGAAAGUUUAAAAAGCCAAACCUGAAUCUGCCUGAUUUGGGACUUUCUGGUCCAAAGUUAGAUGGCCCAAACUUGGACCUUAAAUCACCUGACCUAGAUAUCUCUGGUCCCAAUCUCAGUGGUGGAAUUAAUGCACCUGACAUAGAUGUGCCAGGCAUUGACCUCAAAGCCCCGAAGCUGAAACUUGGUGCACCAAAUGCCAACUUAGACUUGCCAUCAGGCAAACUCAAAAUGCCAGAACUUCAUGCUCCAGAUUGGGAUAUUAAUGCUCCUUCAGGGAAAUUAAAAAAGCCUAAAUUUAAUCUGUCAGGCGCACUGCCCAAAGGACCAAAUUUGGACCUAAAUGCAGAUCUGAAGUCACCCGAUUGGAAUUUGAAAGCUCCAAAGAUUAAGGGUGGAAUGGAUGCCCCUGACUUGGACUUACCAGACAUGGAUCUUAAAGCUCCCAAGUUAGAUAUGAACACUCCAGAUGUCAACAUUGGCUCACCAAAAGGAAAGUUGAAAUUCCCCAAAAUGAAAAUGCCUAAAUUCAACUUUCCAGGCCUUAAAGGACCUGAAAUUGAUGGCAGCUUGAAUGGUCCAGAUAUGGACAUAAAUGCACCCAAUGUCAACCUCAAAGGUCCUAAAGCUGAUGCAGAUCUAGAUAUUUCUGGUCCAUCUGGAAAGUUUAAAAAGCCAAACCUGAAUCUGCCUGAUUUGGGGCUUUCUGGUCCAAAGUUAGAUGGCCCAAACUUGGACCUUAAAUCACCUGACCUAGAUAUCUCUGGUCCCAAUCUCAGUGGUGGAAUUAAUGCACCUGACAUAGAUGUGCCAGGCAUUGACCUCAAAGCCCCGAAGCUGAAACUUGGUGCACCAAAUGCCAACUUAGACUUGCCAUCAGGCAAACUCAAAAUGCCAGAACUUCAUGCACCAGAUUGGGAUAUUAAUGCUCCUUCAGGGAAAUUAAAAAAGCCUAAAUUUAAUCUGUCAGGCACACUGCCCAAAGGACCAAAUUUGGACCUAAAUGCAGAUCUGAAGUCACCUGAUUGGAAUUUGAAAGCUCCAAAGAUUAAGGGUGGAAUGGAUGUCCCUGACUUGGACUUACCAGACAUGGAUCUUAAAGCUCCCAAGUUAGAUAUGAACACUCCAGAUGUCAACAUUGGCUCACCAAAAGGAAAGUUGAAAUUCCCCAAAAUGAAAAUGCCUAAAUUCAACCUUCCAAGCCUUAAAGGGCCUGAAAUUGAUGGCAACUUGAAUGGUCCAGAUAUGGACAUAAAUGCACCCAAUGUCAACCUCAAAGGUCCUAAAGCUGAUGUAGAUCUAGAUAUUUCUGGUUCAUCUGGAAAGUUUAAAAAGCCAAACCUGAAUCUGCCUGAUUUGGGACUUUCUGGUCCAAAGUUAGAUGGCCCAAACUUGGACCUUAAAUCACCUGACCUAGAUAUCUCUGGUCCCAAUCUCAGUGGUGGAAUUAAUGCACCUGACAUAGAUGUGCCAGGCAUUGACCUCAAAGCCCCGAAGCUGAAACUUGGUGCACCAAAUGCCAACUUAGACUUGCCAUCAGGCAAACUCAAAAUGCCAGAACUUCAUGCUCCAGAUUGGGAUAUUAAUGCUCCUUCAGGGAAAUUAAAAAAGCCUAAAUUUAAUCUGUCAGGCGCACUGCCCAAAGGACCAAAUUUGGACCUAAAUGCAGAUCUGAAGUCACCCGAUUGGAAUUUGAAAGCUCCAAAGAUUAAGGGUGGAAUGGAUACCCCUGACGUGGACUUACCAGACAUGGAUCUUAAAGCUCCCAAGUUAGAUAUGAACACUCCAGAUGUCAACAUUGGCUCACCAAAAGGAAAGUUGAAAUUCCCCAAAAUGAAAAUGCCUAAAUUCAACUUUCCAGGCCUUAAAGGACCUGAAAUUGAUGGCAGCUUGAAUGGUCCAGAUAUGGACAUAAAUGCACCCAAUGUCAACCUCAAAGGUCCUAAAGCUGAUGCAGAUCUAGAUAUUUCUGGUCCAUCUGGAAAGUUUAAAAAGCCAAACCUGAAUCUGCCUGAUUUGGGACUUUCUGGUCCAAAGUUAGAUGGCCCAAACUUGGACCUUAAAUCACCUGACCUAGAUAUCUCUGGUCCCAAUCUCAGUGGUGGAAUUAAUGCACCUGACAUAGAUGUGCCAGGCAUUGACCUCAAAGCCCCAAAGCUGAAACUUGGUGCACCAAAUGCCAACUUAGACUUGCCAUCAGGCAAACUCAAAAUGCCAGAACUUCAUGCUCCAGACUGGGAUAUUAAUGCUCCUUCAGGGAAAUUAAAAAAGCCUAAAUUUAAUCUGUCAGGCACACUGCCCAAAGGACCAAAUUUGGACCUAAAUGCAGAUCUGAAGUCACCCGAUUGGAAUUUGAAAGCUCCAAAGAUUAAGGGUGGAAUGGAUGCCCCUGACUUGGACUUACCAGACAUGGAUCUUAAAGCUCCCAAGUUAGAUAUGAACACUCCAGAUGUCAACAUUGGCUCACCAAAAGGAAAGUUGAAAUUCCCCAAAAUGAAAAUGCCUAAAUUUAACCUUCCAAGCCUUAAAGGGCCCGAAAUUGAUGGCAACUUGAAUGGUCCAGAUAUGGACAUAAAUGCACCCAAUGUCAACCUCAAAGGUCCUAAAGCUGAUGUAGAUCUAGAUAUUUCUGGUCCAUCUGGAAAGUUUAAAAAGCCAAACCUGAAUCUGCCUGAUUUGGGACUUUCUGGUCCAAAGUUAGAUGGCCCAAACUUGGACCUUAAAUCACCUGACCUAGAUAUCUCUGGUCCCAAUCUCAGUGGUGGAAUUAAUGCACCUGACAUAGAUGUGCCAGGCAUUGACCUCAAAGCCCCGAAGCUGAAAAUUGGUGCACCAAAUGCCAACUUAGACUUGCCAUCAGGCAAACUCAAAAUGCCAGAACUUCAUGCUCCAGAUUGGGAUAUUAAUGCUCCUUCAGGGAAAUUAAAAAAGCCUAAAUUUAAUCUGUCAGGCGCACUGCCCAAAGGACCAAAUUUGGACCUAAAUGCAGAUCUGAAGUCACCCGAUUGGAAUUUGAAAGCUCCAAAGAUUAAGGGUGGAAUGGAUGUCCCUGACUUGGACUUACCAGACAUGAAUCUUAAAGCUCCCAAGUUAGAUAUGAACACUCCAGAUGUCAACAUUGGCUCACCAAAAGGAAAGUUGAAAUUCCCCAAAAUGAAAAUGCCUAAAUUCAACCUUCCAAACCAUAAAGGACCUGAGAUUGAUGGCAAUUUAGAUGGCUCACAUAUUGACCUUAGGGCACCAAAUGCCAAUUUCAAAGGUUCCAAAACUGGCCUUGAAAUGCCUGAUGUUGGUUUUGGCAGCCCAUCAUCGAAGCUUAAAUCUCCAAAUUUAAAAUUACCUGAUGUGGGAUUUUCUCGUCCAAAAUUAGAUGGGCCAGACUUUGAACAGAGGUCACCACAUUUGAAUGUCAAAGCUCCAAAGAUAAAAGGUGGAUAUGAUGCCCCUAAUCUAGGUUUAUCAAAUACAGACCUCAAAGGCUCCAAAACUGGCUUUGAAUUCCCUGACACUGAUUUUGGCAGACCUUCAGGGAAAUUUAAAACUCCACAUCUGAAAAUUCCUGAUGUGGGACUUUCUGCACCAAAAACAGAUCUCCCAAACGCUGAUCUCAGUUUACCAGAUCUUAAUGCUAAAUUACCAAAAGGAUCAAACUUGAAAUUAAAUUCUGACCUAAAAACUCCAGAUUUGAAUCUGAAAGCUCCAAAGAUGAAAGGCGGACUUAGAGUGCCUAAGGCAAACAUGGAUCUCCAAGCUCCCAACUUGGAUAUGAACACUCCAGAUACCAACAUCGAUUUCCCUGAUGCAAGGUUAGAUGUUAAUGUACCAAAAGGAAAAUUUAAAAUGCCAAGCUUAAAUACACCAGAUCUCAGUAUCUCUGGGCCUCAAGCAAAAACACCAAAUAUGAGAUUUUCUGGACCUAGCCGAAGUACGCCAGAUUUAGAUUUACCUGAUGCCACUUUAAAGAAUGCCAGGUUCAAUACAAAACACACCAAUCUAGGAAUAAAUGGUAAUAUAAGACAACCUGAUGUGAACUUUACUGGUCAUCAAGUUAGAGGCAUGAAUAUGCCCUUGGGAAACAUCCGUGGUCCUCAGGUUGAUCUUGAUUUAGACAGAAAAGCCAAACUCCCAUCUUUCAAGAUGAGUCAGUUUAAAAGCCCAGAUCUUCAUCAAGCAUCUGAUAUUGACUUUGGUGCAUCUCUGAGACCAACAAAUCUUGAUUUUGCUCCUCCAAAUGCAAAGUUGAAUAUGAAACCACCCCAGAUGAUGGGACAUAUAUCAGGCCCAAGGGUGAGUGCUUCAAACAUGAACCUCAACAUGCCCAAAGCUGCAAUGCGCAAUCCACAGCAGCAUCUCAGAUCUCCAGGUCUUAAUAUUGAUGAUCCUUCACUAUAUUACCAAAGACCCUCAUAUAAACAUCGCACAUUAGAUAUGACAAAUAUGAACAUGAAAAUUUCGGACCUGGACAUAGAUGGUGAUGUCACACUUGGUGCUGCUGAUAGACAGUCAGCUAGAACCAAAGUAAGAUCCAGCUACCCUGGGAUGGAUGACAUUUUAGGCCAACGAAUUGAUUUAAAUUAUUCAGAUCUCAACAUUGAUGACUUCACAGGAAGACAACAUGUGCUUAGAGCCAGGGGUUCAAACCGUCACCUCCAGGAUCCACACAAUUAUGGACAGGUGAUUUCCCCGUCUGGAGUUAACAGUGUCAUGAGGGACCCCAGAAGAAUCCCAUCUGGUCAUAUUAAACACAAUACACAUUUGUCACCAUUUUCUCCAGAUUCAAGGAUGAGAGCACCUAACAGUUCAGAUGGAUACUAUAUGACUGUUUUUCCCACUCAAGCACAAAAUCAAAAGAUGCCAAAUCGUAAAUAUAACACGCUCGGAGGACUUGACUUUCAUCCAGGAAACUUGGACCUUGAAGUUCCUGGUGAACAUGCCCGAAGAGGGUCGUUAUUUUUCUCCAACCUUGUAUAGCUUCCAGAGCACUUGUGUUUGCAUUUUUACUGUGCCUUUUGUACUGGAUGUAUUUAUUGUUACUCUAGUUAUUUGUGUAUUGUUUUAUAUUUUUAUAAAAUGUUUUACUUUCUGAAUUGUUUACAUUUUGUUUUGUACAUAUUGCUCUUGGAGCUUUGCAAUGAUGUUACCUACAUUACAAUGCAGCACUUUUACACUUGUUUUAUGAAAUGUAUUUGAACCUUUUUUUUUUUAAAAGUACAGUAAAAUAUUUUCAUAUGGUUUAUACUCUACAAUAUUUGAAAAAAGUAUUAUUUUUCUGUACAUUAAGCUCUGACUAGUUUUGUUGUGGCACUCAGAAGCCUCUAAUAUUCUCUCUUUACUAUUAUAUUGAAAGGAAUGUAGGAAAUGUAUUUGCUUAAGGGUUCUACUGGGUGCUAUUACAAGAUUAAAUGAUUUUUUUUUUCCAGAUAUUUGAUUUUUCCUUUGGAUAUUCAUUGUAUCUAUUACAGAUGUACAAAUACUGGACUUUAUUAAAUUCUUGGUUUUUGCUUCAACA